AUGCUGUUUGAUUGUGAAUCAACCGUAGUUAUUACUAAAUUCAAUAAUCUACCUGAUUCAGCAUUAAUCGGUUAUUGUCAAAAUUUUGGUAAAAUAAUUCGAUGGUCAAAGAAAACUUCUACUCACGCCAACGAGCCAUAUGCUCUAAUCAUGUUUGCUAAAAUAUCAAGUGCUACUUCCAUUCGUAGUCGUUCUAAUCACACUAUUGAUGGUGUACAUGUUUUAAUUAUAAACUAUCAGCAGUAUAUAAAUCCGCAUAGUUCAGUAAAAAAACCUGCAAAUUUAAAGUCAUUAACUAAAAAGAAAACAAAAAGAUCCGACAACAAAGAACGAAAAUCAAUGGAUUAUGAUCAAAUAAUGCAAGAAAAUAUUGCACUUAAACAUGAAAUAGCUAAUCUUAAUCAAUUGUUAGUUAAUGCACAAAUAACGUGUGAUGAAUAUCAAGUUUUACGAAAAAAAAUUGAAGCUGAACAAAUUCUUAUAAAUAAAUUCAAAUUAGAAUAUGGAGUUUUAAUUGAAUCAUAUGAAUCUCGAUUGAAACAAUUAUCAUUAUCAUUAUCUUCUAAUAAAGAUCGACGGAAAAAUGCUUCAUUGAAUGCUAAAUUAAUUGAAGAUGCAGAUCAAUUUUUUAUCACUAUUAAUGAAUUAAGUAAUCAAUAUAUAUGCAUGAAAAAACAAAAUGAAGAUCUAUCAUCAUGUAUUCAAGAUUUCCAGGCAAAUUUAUAUCCAAAUGUGCGAUUAAAAUCACAAUUAAUAGAUUUUAAUAUAAAUCAAUCUGAUCAAGAAAAUAAUAAUAAUAGUAAUAAGGAAACAAAUGAUACUAAUGAAGAAAAUAUGGAAAUAACUAUAAAAGAAGAACCGAAAUUAGCAAAGAUAACUUGCUCAUAA